CUGAGGCGGGGAUUAGUCAUAUGCUGUCCUCCUGAUGCUGCUGACGUGGUGCCAGGGACAAAAUUCACAUCCCUGAGGAAAUGAUGAUAGGCAAAGCCGGACUGAUUGGAUGGUGGGGAUCAGCGCUUCCCUGUGCUUGAGAGGAGCUGGCCAGAGAGAGAGGCGGGAGACAGGUUCAGGAGCAAAAAUGAGUCUGAUGCAAAGCUCUUCCUCAGCAAGAGAAUUGCCCACAAAACUGCUCCUGGAGAAGAUGGGCAUGGCUAAGAGAGCCAGAGGGGGCAAGGCAGCAGCCUCCUUGUGCCUGGCAGGGGUCUUCUCCCUGGCUGUAGCCUCCUUCCCUUCAGGAGUGAAUGGCCGAGAAGGCAGCACAGACUGGACUCAGGAAAAGUAUUCCCACCGACCAACCAUUUUAAAUGUGACACGCAUCGAACAAGUCGCUUUGCACACAGAUGUCAAUCGAAUGUGGCAGAAUGACCUGCAUCCAAUUCUGAUCGAGAGGUACCCAGGAUCACCAGGAAGUUAUGCAGUGCGCCAGCAUAUCAAGCACCGCUUGCAAGGCCUGAAGGCUGGCUGGGUUGUCGAAGAGGACACGUUUCAGAGCCACACUCCCUAUGGCUACCGCACCUUUUCAAACAUAAUCAGCACCCACAAUCCUUCCGCCAAACGCCAUUUGGUGCUUGCUUGCCACCAUGAUUCAAAAUAUUUCCCACCGCAAUUGAAUGGCGAAGUCUUUGUGGGAGCCACUGAUUCAGCCGUUCCUUGUGCCAUGCUGCUAGAAUUGGCCCGUGCCCUGGACACGCAGCUUCAUUCACUGAAGCAGGCCAACCUGAGUACCAGGGCAGAUCUCUCCUUGAAGCUCAUUUUCUUUGAUGGUGAAGAAGCCUUUGUUCGCUGGACCCCUUCUGAUUCACUCUAUGGCUCACGAUCCUUGGCCCAGAAAAUGGCAGCUACCCCACAUCCACCAGGGGCCACAAAUACAAAUGAGAUCCAGGGCAUUGACCUUUUUGUGUUACUGGAUUUAAUUGGCGCUUGGAACCCGAUUUUUCCCAUUUACUUCAUCAACACGGCUCGGUGGUUUGCCCGACUUGAGGCAAUUGAACGACACCUUCAUGAUUUGGGUUUGCUGAGAAAUUACCCUGCUGAAAGACACUAUUUCCGAAGUGACUUGAGAAGACAUCCUGUUGAAGAUGACCAUGCUCCAUUUCUAAGAAGAGGAGUUCCUGUUCUCCACUUGAUACCGUCUCCUUUCCCAAGAGUGUGGCAUACUAUGCAGGACACAGAAGAACACCUUGACAAGCCCACUGUUGACAAUCUCAACAAAAUUCUGCAAGUGUUUGUGCUGGAAUAUCUCCACCUGUGAUAGCAAGUUUUAGCACCCACUUACCUGAUCCUCUGUUUUGAAAUGCUACCACCAGUACCUCCUUGCAUAUUUCUAAAAAUAUACUUUUGGAUGCUAUAGGAAUACAUAUAGAUAAGAAUACAGGAUCCUGCUUUAUAUCAAGUCAUAUCUUUUGUUCAUUUCCUGCACUACUAUUCCCACAAACUGGCAGCUCCUUUCCAGUUUCAAAUUUGAGCCCUGGGUCUUCUAUGUGCAGAACAAAUGCUCAGCCAAUGUGCAAGAAAGAGAAGUUAGUCCCUUGAGCUUUAAUAUAGAUGGUUGUAAAUUUCCUCUUCUGAUGGCAACCAAGGAGAGAUGUAAACCCCAUAUAGCAAACUGAAAUGAAAGCAAGUACAUUUAUAUUCAACUCUUUAGUAAAAAGAAAAAUCAAUUUAGUAAGAAGAAAAUCUAAAACACAGUAAACUAUCUUUAAUUACAGAAGCAGUCCAUUAGCAAGUCUACAUUCAAUUAUCAGUCCCAACAAGUAUAGACCCACUGAAUCAACAGGAGCUUAGUGAGUCAAUAUUUGUGUAAAUUCCCUUGAUUCAAUGGAUUACUGUACUGAGGACUGUCAAUCAGGUUUAGUUUUAGUUUGGGUAAGCUAAAAUCUUGGAUUUCACUAUCAUACACUAUGAUAUUCAAUAUUUCAUAAUGGUGACCUCAAGUUCUAAAGAACUCAGUGCCAUUUCCUUAAAAAUCCAGGGAUGAAAAUGUUGAACAUUUUUGGUGUUACAACAUCACUGGUGAAGACAGGUGCUUUAGAGAAACCCACCCUUGUGGUUCAUUUCCUGUAAUAUUCUGUUAUCUGUUUGAGUCCCAACAGUCUGCAGUUCCAAAGGACAUUUCCGUUGCCUGUGACACAGCAAGAUAGCAAAAAUGAAAUAAAUUCUUUAUCAGGUCUCAAAAGUGAACAAAGUCAAAAAAUUGUAAGCUCCAAAUUAAAUCAUAAUGCUUAUAACGUUAAAGCUCCCUGGUUUAAAAUAAUAUCUGCUGAGAUGACAUCUCAGCUAAUAAUGCAAUCACUUUAGGAAAUUUUGCAACAGUGCAUUGUAAACUUAAAGGUGAAUCACAGACAGGCGAAUCCAUCAACUUCAUAUCAGAGAAUAUAUGAACUCGCUCUGACUUUUAAAACACACACAUUUUAAGGCUGUUUUUCUGUACCCUUUAACAUACAUACCCUAUAUUCAUGCAAUAUUGUCUUGCUAAUUUCAUACAAUCUCAGAAGCUUGCACUAAGGAAUGGCUUGCAUGCCAUAGCUACAAGAUGAGUGGACAAUCUGUGACCAUACAAAUGUUUUAUGGACUGCAGCUCCUAUAUGAUGGUAAGGGUUGAUGGGAAGUUGCAGUUCAAUAUUUGAAGGUUCACAUAACACCCACAUUUGCCAUGUAUGUCCUUUUAGAUGUUUAUAUCACUGGUUUUUAUAGUAUGUGACAUGUGUACACAGCAGAGGUGGGUCUUUAAUAUAAUCUUUAAUAUGCUCUCAGAUAGGAGGGUAGUUUUUUGGGGGCAAAUGUUUUGAUAUUAGGACAUCAAUUGUGUACUGCCAUGCUUUGUCUUCUUGAUUGGCAUUAACUUCCUAUAUUUUAGAUAGAUGAUAUUAGAUUUGCAAGACUGGCUAUUCUAGACCACAGAGUUCCUUUAGCUCAAGCAAUGCUAAGAUUACUCAGAAAGCUAUUGGUUCAUCUAGUCCAGAACUGAUUCUAACAGCAUCUGUUCUCAAUUACUCCUGAUAGAAAUGUCUUCAUAACAUUACCCUGAGAGGUCAAAAUUGAACAGGUACACGUAACCUGGCAGUGAACUAUAACUCUCCAGCAGAUUUGUAACUGAAUUUGAGUAGCUCCAACUUCAAAUUGAAGGCUGUUGGCUACACCACUCAGUACAUUCCAAUACAAAACAAAUUUACUGCCAGUUCAAAUGUAAAUAGCAUAGUUAACUGAGUAAAUUCCAAAUAUUUGUAGCAAAAGCGUUUACCAAACCCCUUAAAAUGGAAUGACAAGUGAAUGCAGUCUGCAUCAACACAUUCUGUAUCCACAGAUUCAACCAUCUACACCUUUAAAAUAUUAUAAAAGAAACAAGCCAAAGAACAAACCUUGAUUUUUGUCAUUUUAUAUAAAGGAUAUUUUAUUAUGCCUUUGUAUGUAAUGGGAACUGAGUAUCUAUAUAUUUUGGUACUCAUGCAGGGUCCUAGAACCCAACCCUAGCAGAUACCAAGAGCCCACUGUACUCAAUUUUGUUCCUCUCUAAAUUGAAUGAAAAUACACUAAUCGUACAAUAUAAAGAUGAAAGUGAUAUCUAAAAGGUAAUAAAGAAGGCAUAUAAGGAGAAAUUUGCUUUACUUUUUGUGUGUGUCAAAUACAGUAGAGUCUCACUUAUCCAACAUUCGCUUAUCCAACGUUCUGGAUUAUCCAAUGCAGUCUGCCUCCUGCCUGGAUCCACAACUAUUUCUCUAGGCAGCAAGGACUGAACUUUUUACGGAUUUAAUUUUGACAAUGUUGUUACUGUAAGUUCAUUUUAUGCAAUUCUAUCUUUAUUUGUAGUCCAUUUGUUAGUAGGCAAUGUUUUUGUAGUCAGUGUUUUCAAUACAUUGUGAUGUUUUGGUGCUAAAUUCAUAAAUACAGUAAUGUCUACAUAACAUUACUGUGUAUUGAACUGCUUUUUAUGUCGAUUUGUUGUAAAAUAUGAUGUUUUGGUGAUUAAUUUAUAAAAUCAUAACAUAAUAUGAUGUUUAAUAGGCUUUUCCUUAAUCCAUCCUUAUAAUCCAACAUUAUCGCUUAUCCAAUGUUCUGCCGGCCCGUUUAUAUUGGAUAAAUGAGACUCUACUCCAAAUGCAAUACAUCAGAAAGGGAACAACACAUUAUGAAGAACCAUUUAGAAUAUAGAAACUCUUCUGCAUCAGGAUAGAUUUAAGUAUAAUAGCAGGAAUGUGCAAAAUAUCACAUUUUGGAUGAGUUGUUAGAGACAAGCAAAAAGGCUGUGCAGUAAGAUGAUACUGUACAGAUUUUCUUUUCUUGAAAUUAUUACAGCAGAGUCUCACUUAUCCAACAUUCGCUUAUACAACAUUCUGGAUUAUCCAACGCAAUCUGCCUUUUAGUAGUCAAUGUAUUUGUAGUCAAUCAUUUCAAUACAAUGUGAUGUUUUGGUGCUAAAUUCAUAAAUACAGUAAUUACUACAUAACAUUGCUGUGUAUUGAACUGCUUUUUCUGUCAAACUUAUUGCAAAACAUGAUGUUUUGGUGCUUAAUUUGUAAAAUCAUAAUGUCAUUUGAUGUUUAAUAGGCUUUUCCUUAAUCCCGCCUUAUUAUCCAACAUUAUCGCUUAUACAACGUUCUGCCGGCUCAUUUAUGUUGGAUAAGUGAGACACUACUGUACUACAAUGCAUAAUUACCAAACAAAAUAAAUGUUUAUAAGACAAAAAUAAUAUCUACAGUUAUUUAUCAUCAUCAUAAAUUUGGUUCUUAAAUCCCAUUCAUUACUAAAUUAUGAAAAUGCAGCUACCUGGUUUUAAUCUUUCAAAGCCGAGUAUCAUUCUGUGUGUUUAGAAUCAUAGAAUAGUAGAGUUGGAAGAGACCUCAUAGGCCAUCCAGUCCAACCCCCUGCCAAGACGCAGGAAAUCGCAUUCAAAGCACCCCCGACAGAUGGCCAUCCAGCUUCUGCUUAAAAGCCUCCAAAGAAGGAGCCUCCACCACAAGGCAGGUUUCAGAGCAUUGUUUUUAAAAUGGAACAGCUGACAUUAGCUAGGCAGGUAUCUUGUGUCCUUCACUGUACAAUAAAACCAAGACUUGUUCCUGGAA